AUGGCUAAUCGUGGACCUCAGAUUUCGCAUGUAAGAGAAUAUUAUUGCCAAUAUACGAAUCAACUACACAAGAAACAAAAAUCGUGGCACGAUGGGAAAUUAAAAUAUUAUCAGUUGAACCAGAAGUUUCAGCUUUACACGAUCGAAGGCGGAGUUUUACUUAGUAGCGGGUUUAUCACAAAUCUGCAGCGUCUGGAAUACAUUUUAGAUGAUUCAGGGUUCAACAAAGAAGAGCACAAGAUUUUCAGCCAGUUUUUAGUGAUCAUCGAUUGUCUGCAAUGUGAAUACGACCGGGAUGUAAGCGGAUUAGCAAACGACAGCUCAACAGCUUACAAUUUGAAAAAAUAUUCAGAAGAUGGAGCAGGGGCAGUGGGUGUUUCGAAAGUGAGCUGCAAAGUGCGAACUCAAAAAUCUAAGCUUCCUAGCCAUCAUGACAGUUUAGCACUAGUGUUCAAUAAGCCAUUUCGGCGACCAAGAAUCAAUAAAGGCGCACAGGGUAGAGUGGAAAAGAUUGGUGAGAAGGAGGGAGUAGCAGAAAAGGUUGGCCAACCCCGAAGUUCCAAACGAGACCCUGGGAACGUCUCGCUUGCUUUAGAUAUGUCGCGAGCCGCAGUAGCUGGCAGGAACUGUACUCAAGAUAGACUGCGAAUGGAAAUGACACCAAUUACACAGCAAAAUGUUCCGAGGGAGAAACCACAAGCAGCGCUUGCUAUAGCAUCGCCGCGUGAAUGUGACAAGAUUCCAAGGCGACAGAUAAUUGAAACUACAUCAGCGCGGCACAUAGAUAAAAAGCCUCCUACCCGAGAAGAAGUUGUGGCAAAAACCAUGCAGAGCCAAGCUACGCGUCACAACGACGCUGGAUUCCGCAUUCACAAGAAAAGCAUCACCAUUACGCAUCAACCUAUCAAUUUAGGCUAA